GCGGCGAUCUAUCACAUCUCGGCCGGCUCACAAGAACCUUAUCCUUGGGCCGAGCCACGAUGAUAUUCAUUGACUUACCUUGGCCCUGCCGAUGUUGCUCACUUUCGGUCCGACAGGGGAGGCUUAUCAACCCCUUCCGAUUGGUGAUGAUGAUAAUGAUGGUGCAAAUCGCUCAAUGAGCCGACGCUGGUUCGCAACACUUGUGUCUCUCACUAUCGUGGUCGGAGCAUUUCUAUCACUUACGGCUUUUCCCUUCGAACGCGUUUGCCUCAAUUUUAGAUUCCUGGGCGGUUUCGAAAAACAAACUACUAUUUUCUCUAGGCAGCUGGUAUUCACCCGACCAUCGAUCAUCAUCUUUAGCUCUCUUUGAAUGAGACUGCCGCAGACAUCACAUCAUCCUAUGACAUGCGUCACUUAUAGAUGACAAAGGAGAUGCCGUACACAUUCCACAACAUGAAACCUGAUGGAAUGACUGGCUGCUGACGUUGUCUCUGC